GCUCUGCUGAUCUACUGAUCUGCUCAGUGUUCACUGCUACCAUUACCAGGUGCUCUCUCAAGUCUCAAGUCUGGAUGGGUUGCGUUUCUUCCACUCUGCUCGAUCACGAAGAUGAAUUUUCCCAGCUUGGCAGGCCUGGGUUGGGUCAUCACAUCGUGUCUCUCACAUCCACAACUUAUGGCCUCCUCAACCUCGACCCACCAUCACCGACGUUAUCGCCACCGACUCACAACGAUGAUCUCCUCCUCCACCAGCCACCCACCCCACCAAGGUUCGUCCUCGCCACUCUCUUCCCAAGUCCUCUCCCGGAGCCAAUGUCCCUUCGAUCCCAACCAUCGGAGGUCAUCAACUCGUGGGAGCUCAUGGCUGGCCUCGACACAGACAGCUUCCGCUUCUCUACUACUCCUGCUUCCACCCCCGUCCUAGCCCCCUCAAAAGCGUCCCAACCUUCCCCAUCCUCUCUGCUCCACACCGGGCUCGAUUCCCGCAUCUCCAAGCCUCCUAAGCCCUUCGCCUUCAAAUCUCACCUCAUGAGCAGCAACAAAGAAAACUCUAACCCUAAUCGACCACUCAUCACUGCUGCCUCCCCGGACCCCAAAAAUGUCUUAAAGCCACUGAACGGUAACUCUGUCGCCGAAAAGCCCUCCUCCCGCAAAUACUCGCUCAACGACGAGUUCGAGAAACGAUGUCCGCCCAACGGAGAAAGCAAGUUGGUCGUUUACACGACAACUCUAAGAGGGGUUCGCAAGACAUUCGAAGCUUGUAACGCAGUUAGAGCAGUUCUCGAAGGGAUUGGGCUGUUGAUAAACGAAAGGGACAUUUCGAUGGAUCGUGGGUUCAGGGAAGAGUUGAAGGAAUUGAUGAAUGGGAAGGACAUCGCUGACAGUGUUCCUCCCAGGGUUUUCGUUAAGGGCAGGUAUAUUGGUGGAGCUAGUGAAGUUCUGAGGAUACAUGAAGAAGGUUGUUUGGCUCAGCUCCUUGAAGGGUUGCCCAGGGCGGCUAGAGUCGGCGCUCUGUGUGAGGGAUGUGGGGGUGUGAGAUUCUUGCCCUGUUUUCGUUGCAGCGGGAGCUGUAAGCUUGUGAUGGUGGUGAAAGAACACGCACAACUACAGCGAUCACAAGGGAACGAAGUCGUGGUGAGAUGCCCUGAAUGUAAUGAGAAUGGCCUGGUGCUCUGUCCCAUCUGCAGCUAGCUCCAUUAUCAACCUGUUUCAAACUUCAAUAUGAUUCGGUAA